AUGACAACAAAAAAUCAACAGCAGAAACAACUAAAAGGUAAAAUACUAUUUUUACACGGGUACACUCAAAACUCAUCUAUAUUUUAUGCCAAAACAUCAGCAUUACGUAAAAAAAUAUUAAAAUUAGGUUAUAAAUGUAAAUAUUUAAAUGGUCCAUAUGUGUUAACUCCAGCUGAUUUACCAACAACUGAUUCAUUAUCUAAAUUUGGAUCAACUACAAGUGGAGAUGUAACUUAUAGAGGUUGGUGGAUAAAAAAUGAUCACACUAAUAAUAAAGUCGAUUUGGAUAAAUCUAUUGAAUCUUUGAAGGAUUAUAUUAAUAAGGGGAUAAUCAUACCAGAUGAUGAAAUAGAGAAUGGGGAAUUACAAAAAGAUGAUGAGGAAGAUCAGGAACUACCUAUUGUUGGAAUUAUUGGAUUUUCUCAAGGUGCUUCAUUUGCAGGAUUAAUUGCUGAAAAUUUCCAAAAAAUAUUUAGUACGUCUUCACAAUUAAAAUUUGUUAUAUUAUACUCGGGGUUUAAAUUAGAUACUUCUGCCAAAUCAGGUAAUGAAAAAUACGAUUCAUUCUACGAAAAUCAAAAUUCAGAGCUCAGGUAUUUGCACAUAUAUGGAGAAUUAGAUACUGUUGUUGAUGAAACUAGAAGUUUAUCUUUAUAUAAUAUUACAACUACUAAAUCGGACUUGUUGAAACAUCCUGGUGGUCAUUUUGUACCUAAUUCCAAGAUGUAUAUUGAUCAAGUUGUCAAUUGGAUUCAAAGUUUGACUAAAGAAGAGGAGAAAGCAGGAGAAACAAAUGGUGGUGAUAAUAGUGAUAAGUUAAAGAAUGGGAAAUCGACGGAAAAAAAUGAUAUUGAUUCAUUAUUAGAUAUGAUGGAAGGAUUUGGAAAAGCUUAG